CGGUCGUAGGAUAUAUAAAAGCUUUCUCGGCGGUGACAGGGAGAAAGAGACGCAGAGGCAAAUAAGACAAUAAUGAGCAACACCCAAAGAAGUUUCAAAAAUCUAUUUCAACGUUUGCUUUCCUUUCCUCGAGAAAGUUAGAUUCCGAAUGAUUAUGAUGGUGAGACUCAAGGCGAGUCUCUGGCUUCUCCUCUUCUCAAUCGCCCUGUUAAAGGGCUCCUUUGGAUCUGAAUCAAGUAAGGUAGGAGCUUAUGUCACACUUUUAUACGGAGAUGAGUUCUUACUAGGAGUCAGGGUCUUGGGAAAAUCGAUUCGGGACACUGGUUCCCACAAAGAUAUGGUCGCUUUGGUCUCUGAUGGCGUCUCAGAUUACUCCAAUAAGCUACUCAAGGCUGAUGGAUGGAAAGUAGAGAAGAUCAGUUUGUUGGCAAAUCCAAACCAAGUUCAUCCCACAAGGUUCUGGGGUGUCUAUACAAAGCUCAAGAUCUUUAACAUGACAGCUUACAAUAAAGUUGUGUAUCUUGAUGCUGAUACUAUUGUGGUGAAGAACAUUGAUGAUCUGUUCAAGUGCUCCAAGUUCUGCGCUAACUUGAAGCACUCCGAGAGACUCAACUCUGGUGUCAUGGUUGUUGAACCGUCCCAAGCUCUUUUCAAUGACAUGAUGAGAAAAGUGAAGACUUUGUCCUCUUAUACAGGAGGAGACCAAGGGUUCUUGAAUUCUUACUAUCCUGAUUUCCCAAAUGCUCGUGUCUUCGAUCCUAGUUUGACCCCUGAAGAACUAAAAACCAGAGCAGUCCCUGAUAUGGAGAGGCUUUCCACGUUGUACAAUGCCGAUGUUGGUCUCUAUAUGCUUGCUAAUAAGUGGAUGGUAGAUGACAGUAAACUUCGUGUAAUUCACUAUACACUAGGCCCUCUUAAGCCUUGGGACUGGUGGACAGCAUGGCUUGUGAAACCUGUUGAAGCCUGGCAUGGCAUUAGAGUCAAGCUUGAGGAAACUCUUCCUGGAACUGGAGGCGGCAAAAACCACAAGGAUGAAUUUGUUGUCAAGUUCCUCUUCUUGUUACCACUUUGUGCGCUUUUGUUCUACAUUUAUAGAUCCCUUCAGGUUCAUGAGGGUUCAUUAUGCAAUCAGAUUAGAUAUCUUUAUUACAAAAUCAGAUCUAGUGGAACACGUGCUUAUGGCGGUGUUUCGACAUUGAAUCCCAGCUAUCAACUCCACAGUGGCAGCACACACUCCAAGGUUCCUCAACACUUGGGCGCUGUUUCAGUUGUAGUCUGUUUUACUACACUUGUGAUAUCCGUUGGAACUUCCUUUGUGAUUGUGCCUAGGCAAAUCAUGCCAUGGACUGGCUUGAUCUUAGUAUACGAAUGGACUUUUACAAUCUUCUUUCUUUUGUUUGGUUGCUUCUUGCUUUUGGUGCAUCAACAUGGAAAUAAACUGUCAGUUCAAACAGAAUCAUCCUCCUUGGAUGAUUCCAGGAAAGGUCAUCAGCGAGGAGGUGUGUCUUGUGACGUUACUACAUUGUGUUAUGGAUUAGGGAUGGUGUUUCUGGCUAUUGCUGCAGUUUCUUUGCCUUAUAUAUUAGGGAUCACCGCUUUAUUUCUGAGGUUGGGUCUAAUGGUGGGUGUAGCCAUAAUUCUAUCUGUUUUCAUGACUUUUACUUCAGAGCACCUCGCAAUCAGAUGGUUCUUGAGAGGUCUAGAAGACCAUAAUGAAACAUCGAGAUCAAAGUUUUAUGUUUCAUGUGCUGACACAACCAAAAGCAAGACACCUGAGAAAAUGUGUCACCACUGUAACUUGCAGAGACGAGAGCAUAUGAUCUGAAUGUUUAUAGUUCUGUCUUGAGAUUGUUUUAUAGCUUUGUCCAUAAUCUUUCGCUCGUCUCCUCUCUUUGCUGACAUUUGUACAGUUUAUAUUUUAAACAUUAAGAGUCCAUUUGUGCUCAAACAGUUAAACAUUUGCACAUAAGAUUCUAUCAUAAAUUUGUGAA